UUCCCAGCGAUUCCAAUACUGCCACGCUAACCCGACUGGGAUGGUCACGUGUUGGGCCGUGUAUUUGAGCCGUUUUUUUUUUUCUUCUCUUCCCUUUCCCUCUCGCCAUCUUUCUUCGCCACUGUCCUCCGAAAGACUGCCUUGGCUUCUCUACAAUGUCUGGAGGAUUGCCAUUGUCGGGAUGAGGAUGUCUUACGAUACUGUGAUCUCGCCACUAACCAUCAGCUAAUGCUGACAGCACCAAUUUUAUAUGGUAAGUCCGAAGUCGUUCUUUUUUUUUUUUUUUUUGUGGCUUCACUCCCCGGUUCAAGGAUGACAACACCUUUUUACUUCUUUACCUACCAAAUCGACCAUGACGAGACAGUUCGGACCUCCCUUUCCCGGUUGGUCUGCUACUUGCCAGUAUAUUUUGUCUGAGAACCAUUUUGAACCUCCAGUUUUGCUUGGAUGUUUGCAAUUGCAAGAGACGUGGGCUGACCCAGCCUUUGCUUUUAGGAAUCCACAUCUUGUAUUGUCAGAUGGUUUUAUUCUACCUAUUACAGCUAUUUUGAAUAUAUAACAAUCAAUUGAUAUAUGCCGUUUCGUUUCAUACUAAGGUUCUCUUCGGCAUCUCCUGGUAUUCUGUCCCAAAUGCCUUGCAGGGCGUCAUCCGAUCCACAAAACUCUAUUGCGACCGGUUUUCGAUGCCAACUGGGUCCUCGUACAGUCUAUCUUCGGGCUUGACCGGAGGAUGAACAGCAAGAUUGCUCUUCGAAGUGAUAUAUUUACAUAGAUCUGAAGCAUUGAAAAUGCAUGACAGGUCAUAUGUGACCUAGACACCGUUUUCGAAUUCAUGGCCAUGUCGAAAAAAGAUGUUGAAAAAGUGGUUGAUCUUGUCGAAGAAUGUACAGAAUGCGAAUGGACGAAUGGACUGACCCAUAGAAAUGGCCUUCCGCCCGAGCUUGGUUUGAUACAUAUCACGUGAUAUGUUAUUUCUCCCGCGGCGAAAGACCGCCGUUGGAUCUUCACGACCGACGAGGCCCUUUCACUUUCUGUGACAUUGCCCCGGAUGUAUCCGUCAAUGCCACAGGUAUGGCGAUCCAUUGCACGCCCCUGUCGCUUUGUCGCUCGUCGUCGCCAUCCUGCCCCCGCGCGACAAUUUCACCUAUCGCGCCAAUGGCUCUCCGUGUCGCCCAAUGAUCCCCCAAAUGGAUCCACGCCGCCUACCAAUAUAGGAGAUGUGGUGGACAACCGUCAGUCGCCUCAUACCAGCGAGAAUGCUGUGAACCCUGAUUCCACUCCGGCCGCCGCCGAACAAACGGGAAAGCCCGUCUCGCGACCAUACGGAUCCGCCGUUCGGAGAGCCAUGAGAAACAGACAAUCCGAACAGCAACAACAGCAAAAAGGAACAACGGCAGCCACAAUUCCUAGCUGGUUUCAUGAGCGGAACAUAGUCACUCACGGCCCUGAUGGACGUCCGGACGCUGCGCGGUUCCAGUCCCAGGUUGAGGUCAGAACAUCGAAGCAGGAGUCAAAAACGGAGAGCACAACCCAAGCACAGUCGGCAUCGGGUGGUAAUGGGGAGGAUCCAUUUACCACAGGCGAGUCAUCUGAAGUGGAGACUCGCUAUGCCGUGGCAGAUGCUCUCUGGGAUGAAUUGCGUGCGUCGGUCAAAGCGGGUCUGAGACUGCCGCCUACGCAAUACGCAGGAGAACCCCCAGCCAAAAAGUCACAUCUGGUCCUUCAGUAUCCUGGCCCAGACGGUAUCCUGUUCUUGGAUGCGGUGGUUCAACGACUCGCCCAUGAGCUGAAUGCCGACCUUGUUACUCUCAAUGCCCAGGAUUUGGCCCAGCUUCUCAGUGAGCAGGAUCUUGCAGAGGCUGGCGCGACCUCCGCAAUCCGAUCUCUUGGCUAUGAAGUCUACCGGCCUCCAGUCACUGCCUGGCCCGAGCCCAAUGAGGGCGAAGGAGAAGGAGAUGAUGACAUUGCGGAGAUCGCUGGUGCUCACGGGGUGCGUCCCGAAGUUAGUACCCCUCGAUUCAUCACCAUUGAGGCCAGCAGAGAUUCAGGUGAUAUUCCGCUGCCAGGCUGGUUAGGGUUGAAGUCGCUUGUGGCAUCUAUCAACGGCCAGUCGGAGGACCCAAACAUGAUGCGAGGCUCCGGCCAGCGCCUCGAGGCACGAUGGGUUCGCCUUCUCAACGAGGUCAUCUCCACUGCCGUCCAGCCAACCCAAUCAGCUCAGCCAGAUGCCAAAGGUUCGGAAGAGUCGUCCACACCCGAGACUGAUGCCAGCAAAUCUAUCUUGCCGCGCGAUACCAUCGUCCAAAUACAAGACUAUCGUGAUAUCCAAAGCUCGAGGGAAGGUUCAAGGGUGAUUUCCCUCCUGCAGAAGGUUAUUCAAGAUCGACGACGAGCAGGUUCAAGGGUACUUCUUGUUGGCAGUACAUCCCAAGACCUCCAUCAUUCUGCUUCACAAGAUGGCCCUAGGAUAUUGCAAAAUGUUCUUGAUGAUAACUUCUCCAAAACCCUUGUCAUAACUCCGGCGAUGGAGUCAAAGGCCGUCGAGAAAGCAUUUGCAGAGGAUCAAAAGAACCGAACAAUGGAUAUCAAUAUUCGCCAUCUCCAGAACAUGCUACGCUUCCGUGUCAGUGAAACAUCAUCCGACGUAAAGGAUGACAUCUUUGGUGAUAGGGCUUGGCCGCUAGAUGCGCUCACCAUCAAGCAAUCCGGCAUUAGAGAUCACUUCUGGUCCUACAACCAGGUGCACUGGGUUGCGACUCUUGCUCUUGGUAGCGCUGAGCCCAACGAGCCCCUCAGCUUUGAGCACAUCAGACGCGGAAUUGAACUCAUGGAUCGUGGAGAUCGAGUUACCAGCGAUUGGUUGCAGGGGAAAUCCUCGAAGCAAACCGAGUCUGGCCGUGGUCGAAGCCGAGAGCAGCUGUUAGCGUCCCUGCGCAAGUCCUGCAAUUCUCACGAAAAGAAGUUGCUCAACGGCGUCGUGGAUGCCAAGAGCCUCCGCACCACGUUCGCGGACGUGCAUGUCCCACCCGAGACAGUCGACGCUCUCAAGACCUUAACGUCUCUAUCACUUAUUCGCCCCGAGGCGUUCACCUACGGUGUCUUGGCCACUGACAAGAUCCCCGGUGUCCUGCUUUACGGUCCUCCUGGUACCGGUAAGACACUUCUGGCCAAGGCUGUUGCACGCGAAAGUGGUGCCACCGUGCUUGAGGUGAGCGGUUCCGAAGUAUACGACAUGUACGUUGGCGAAGGCGAGAAGAAUGUUAAGGCCAUCUUCACCCUUGCGAAGAAGCUAAGCCCGUGCGUUGUGUUCAUCGACGAGGCGGACGCCAUCUUCUGCUCGCGCACCGGCGCAAGCAACCGCACUUCUCACCGUGAGCUCAUCAAUCAAUUCCUGCGUGAAUGGGAUGGAAUGAACGACAUGUCCGCCUUUAUAAUGGUAGCCACCAACCGACCUUUUGACCUGGACGACGCCGUUCUGCGCCGUCUUCCCCGGAGACUGCUCGUGGACCUUCCAACCGAGGAAGACCGCCUGGCCAUAUUAAAGAUUCACCUCAAGGGCGAACAACUCGACCCCGCCGUGGAUCUGGCCGAACUGGCUCGUCGAACUCCACUGUACUCCGGUUCCGAUCUGAAGAACUUGUCAGUCGCCGCAGCACUGGCCUGUGUACGUGAGGAAAAUCAAGCCGCGGCACAGCACCAGGGCGAGGAGGCUUACGAGUACCCAGCCCGUCGUACUCUGACUCGCACCCACUUUGAACGUGGAAUGGAAGAGAUCAGCGCGUCGAUCAGUGAAGACAUGUCCUCUCUAUCUGCCAUUCGCAAGUUCGACGAACAAUACGGUGAUCGCAAAGGCCGGCGUCAGAAGAGUCCGGGGUGGGGCUUCAUUGCGCCUUCCACUCAAGAGUCUACGGCUGAUACCGCGCGCGUCCGCACAUGAUUGUUAUGCCAUCUUGCAAUUGUAUUUUUAUUAUUUCGAUAGAAGGGCCGGGGUAUUGGGGAAUUGUUUUCUAUUUCUUGUAAUAUAGGGUCAUGUGAAUCACUAGAUGUGUUUAUAUUUCUGGUUCUCGGCU